AUGUCUCGGCAGAAUCGAAGUAAAUGCAUGAAUGUUCGCUGCCUGAUAGAUGAGACCACAUCACAUUCGUUUGUUUUGAGGCCUGUGGCCGAAGAGCUUGGAUUUGAUGAGGAAUCAAAAAUAACUGAAGAAGAAAGAAGAUGUUUGUACCUGGAGUUGGGUCCUGUGUUUAUACCCGGCAAUAUCUUGAUAGGGGUGACCGAUAUCUCCUUGGACAUAGAUCAUCGGUCUCACAUCUUCUCUACUUGGGUGGUGGAGGAGCUUUUCCCUAGUCAUCCGGAAGUCGAUAUUCAGAUUGUAUUGGGUCGAGAAUUCCUUCGUGCUUUUCCAGGCCUAGUUAUGAAGCCAAUGUAUCGCGGGAUAGACGAACUCGACCUCAUUCCAUGGUCUAUUGCUGGAGGGCAAGACAUAAUAAUGAAUGGAGAUGGUGAGAUGCUCAUAUAUGUAUACGGACAUUCAGAGUUACAGGCCAUAGAUGAGAAAAGGGGGAUAAAGAAAGAACAGGGCAGCUUUGGUGUCUUUUUCGGGCCGAACUCGAACAACAACAUGUUCAGAAAGAGUACUUUUCAGGGAAAGCCGAUGGAUGUGUUUGCUCUGGUGGAAGGUAUUAUGUAUGCGGUAAAGGCAUCGAUACACGGGCGAUGGGUUGAGGGGAGUUAUACAUAUACUUCCGUUCGGAUUUAUAUAAAUUCAGAAGAAAUCUUCAACGUUAUUGGUUCUAAGGAGACACUCAAAAAUCAUCGGGAAGCGGGCUGGAAGGAUGAAAACGGAAAGGUUAUCCAAUAUGGUGCAGCGAUACGUAUAUGGGACGAGUGGUCAAAUAACCAACCACAAUACACGGACAAUAAUUGGACGGAGGAGGAAGUGAUUAAAUUUGCGGCGACAGGGAGAGAGAAUAGAUGGAUGGAAGCCGCUUACAUUCUUGCAACUUCAGGCAUCCAGAGCUCGAGUGAAGUAAAAGAACUCAGAAAAGUCGAAGAAAAUCCGGGAAACAAGUGGGAGGAUCACUUCUUUACGUUCAUCGAUUUAUUUCCAUCUGAUGAUAAUGGACGCAAUGAUGAGUAUAAACUUUUCUGUUAUAGAAAGAAAGACUUCAUCGACGCCCAAGACGCGGCAAGUAUGGCGGCUUCCGAUCCUUCCACAAGACUUAAUCCCUCUGAAUUGGUGAAAAUCGAUAUACAUGGGUUUUAUCCUUCAAUGGGUAUCGUGGGCAUCUUUACCUUUUGGCGUUCACUUGAAAAGCGCAAACGCCGCACAGCUGCACAGGUGUUUGCGGUUUCAAACCUAGACUUUAUCGAGAAGGUAAUAAAGAUUGCGAAAGAGAAUGGAAGACUUAUGGAUAAUGUCGAAUGGAAUGUCAAUAUCAUGGGUGUAAGCUCAGUGGAUGAAGAGAAUAUUGAAGAUAUCAAUAGUUCACUCAGUUGCUCUUCUAGUGGAGAUGACUCUGCUAUUGAUAUGUAG